AUGACCAAUGACUUGCUAUUAUGUCGGCAAUUGAACGAUAUUAUUAUAGAAGUGCCUAAUGUUACAUCUAAGAUCAUUCAGCUUAUUCCAGCUACAGAGGGUGCUUCAGACCCUUUCACAACAUUUCGGACUGAUGAAAAUACAUUGGAUAUAGGAUUAACUAAGAAAACAUACUUAUCGAUAUUCAAGGAAGCUCAUAUCUUUUGGCACAACAAUUUGGUUCCAUAUGCACCUAAUUUUGAAGAAUACUGGCAUAACGACAGAGAAAAAUUAAUAAAUACGUAUUAUAUGACAUUAGGCUAUUUAUUAACCACAAACGAGAACCAUACAAUAAUCAGAUUACAUGAGUUGACGUUCUGGCAGAUAUGGAAAACUUCGCCGGAUAGCAGACAAUUUUUGUUAUCCGAAUUCGAAAUAUUGACAGUACUUAUAAGCAGUCGCUUAAAACGAAUAAAUAAAAGUUCAUCAUUAUGGUUGAUGGUCAAGAAAAUAUCAAUAGCGCUUAUUUUCCAUGAAAUAAUGAAUGCUGAGGUACCGGGUACUAUUGAAUUAUACCAGGUACUUGUGAACAGGAUAUUAAAGUCCUGUGAAAUACAUUUUGCAAAUUACUAUGCUUCAGGAUUUUUGAAAUGGUGUAUACAAUUUAAUUUCAUCCUAUACAAGAAUACCGACAGCACUCCAAUCAGAAGAUCCAUGGCGGAAAUGAAUGCGACGAUAUUAAACAGCCUAGUGCUGCUCUGCCAUCAAAAGUUAACCGACGUUUCCUUAUGGACCACCCUUGAAGUCUAUCUCAGGGAAUCUAGUAGAAAAUUAAGCUCUUCAGAACACACAAUAGAUGAAUAUAACUUGGUGAUCGACCAACUCACAACAUUAGGUAAAGCUGACCUCACGAAGAUCAAUGCGUUGAGUGAAAAGGUGAUGCCAGAAUUUGAUGUGGAGGACUUCCAAGUCCAGCAAAUUAAUUGGUUACUUAAAGCAAAUUGCUCUGCAUUAUCCCCUUAUGUGGCUUUGAUCACCCCAUUACCUGUUUUGUCUCUAGAAACUAGUUUGCAACUUCAGACUAUGAUCAGCUUCGCCUACAAGAAUGAGAAAGAACAGUUGAAUAAUUUUGAAGAAACAGUAGGGGGAAAUACAUUAUAUAGUUCCAAGGCGAAGUUUGCAUCAGUACUAUACCACCUACUACUGAAAGACAUUGUCUAA